AUGGUUCAAGAUUUAAUGAAGACACGUCUGGAUUGGGAUUUUAUCUAUUUUGGACGAAAGAUAAACAAUAAGGGAAUUCCAGAAUUUUUUGUACCAGGUCAUUCCCACCUCAGCACAAUUUCAUAUUCUUACUGGACUAUAGGCUAUGCAAUAAGCCUGUCUGGAGCCAGAAAACUAAUUGAAGCAGAUCCUCUAAAUAAUUUAUUGACUCUAGAUGAAUUUUUGCCUAUAAUGUAUUCUCAACAUCCCAACCAAAUUUGGUCAAGAUUUUUUGAGGAAAAAGAAAAAUUGAACGCCUUUGCUGUUUACCCACUAAUUUUGGAGCCUGAACGUUACUCUUCUCAUUCGGAUUUUUUGAGUGAUACAGAGGGAAGUGAACAAGUUGAUUUUAAUUAUUUGGGUAAUAGAGGGGAGGAGGAAGAAGGGGAAAAGAAUUUUUUGAAAAAUGAAUUGUUUGUUGAAAAUUUAAAUUUUAAGGAUGAAUUCUAG